UUUCAUUAAAAUAUUGUCAAAUAACCUACCAUAUAUGUAUAUAUAGUAUCUUCAAAAGCUAUUUAUAUUAUGGUGUGAUGGAAGCUUAUUGAGUAAAGUAACCUAUUUCGUAUAUAAACAAACUUCAUUUGAAAUUUUAUUCAGCAUCGAAUAUAUAUAACGGAUAAAAUAUUUUAAAGUAUGAAUAUAAAUGUAAUAUGAGUUCGAACGGUCUGAAAGCAUUAAAAAAAAGCAAUUCUUAUCCACAAAAAAUAAAAAAUCCACGAUGUCAAAAAUGCUUAGAAAUGGGACAUUGGAGUUAUGAAUGUAAAGGAAAGAGGAAAUAUUUACAUAGAUCUUCACGUACAUCACAAUUGAAGAAAGCUUUAAUGAAACAACAAGAACCUAAUGGUGAAGAACAGAAGAAAGAAGUAAAAAAAAGUCGUUUACAGAAAAAAAUGAAAGGAGAAUUUAGUAGUUCCAGUAAUACAAAUUCUAGUGCUGAAAGCAGCAGUAGUAGCAAUGAUAGUAGCACUAGUAGUUCAUCUUCAGAUAGUGAAUCAGACUCUAGUGAUAGUGUUUCUAGUAGUAGCAGUGGAAGUAGCAGCAGCAGUAGUAGUAGCAGUAGCAGUAGUAGUAGUAGUAGUAGCAGAAAUAGUAACCAUUGUAACAAUUUUCUAUUUUCUCAAAGAUAUAAUGUUUAAACUAUUUUAGAUAAAAAAACAAAAAUCUUUCAAUAGAUCCAUUUUUUAAAUAUUUAUGAAAUAUUUGAAUAGUUCAUAUGCAAUAAAUAAAUAUAUACAUAUAAUAUAUAUAUAUAUAUACACAUAUAUAUAUAUAUAUUAUAUAUAUAUAUAAUAAUUUCAUUGUACAAAAUUAAAAUAUCUAAAAAGUACUUACAUGUAACAUAAUUUUAAAUAAUAAUUUAUAU